AUGGUGAGUACAAGACGGACGAACUAUGAGGAGGAGGAUCAUGAUGACCCCAUGAACGAAGGAAACACCAUGGAACACCAUGAAGAGUACCAACCCGUUGAGCCCGCUGGUGAAGGGACUUCUCGACGUCCAGGCAAACAAGCAAUACCUGACGACGAAGGUCGGGUCCAAGAUGCAGGAAGCUCAUCGUCACCAUCCCAUGGUGUACGGAGAACUACCAACGUCCAUGAGGUGUACAUGGAGAAUGAGGCAUUGCGCCAGCGUUUAGAAGAGACUCUCAGGCUCAGCAAAGAGUGGCAAGAGAGCGAGAAGGGGACGACCCCGUGGGAGUCGUUCAAGACGUUACCUCCCGAAGGUCAAGAGAGAUCUAGGUCACCAACAACCCAAGGUCGUGAUGCUAGUGCCAUACCACAACGACCUUCUCGUGAGAACGACAACCAUGGUGGGAGGAGCGAGCGCCCUCCAUCCCAACAAAGACCACGAGUAACAACCUCAGGUCGUGAGAAUAGGAGGAAUAAUGUACGCCCUCCUACACAGCAACAAACUAGGAGGGAUGCACGAGGACCUACUGCCCCACAAGACAAUGCUGUAGAUCCCCCACGAGGAGACUCCCGUGAGGAGAGGGGCACGACACACAAUAAUGGGAUCCCAUCAUCUCAACCACUUCCAGCACCUAGGGAUAUUGGUGUGGACGAGAGGGGAAGAGAUCAUGUUUGGAACCCUCCUUCACCAAUCAGGUUCCCACCAUCACCAAUAAGGCAUCCUGAGCCUCCACGUACUAAUGCACAAGCACCACAUCAACCAGCCCCAAGGGAGAGGUCACGACAGAGGGAAGCACCUCCCAGUCGCCUUCCAAGUCAAGACUUGCCUCGACCCCCUCAAAACGGGCAAGAAGACUACCGAGACAACCAUGCUCGACAGGUACCUCAACCUAGGGGAUAUGGACGGGAAAGACAACGCACCAUCUCUCGUGAUAACUAUGUCUGUCCGAGACCAGCACCCAGGGAGACUAGACCACAGCGUGCACGACCCUACUCACCCCGAGACGAUAGUUAUUUAUCAAGAUCUCGGACUGCCGCAACACAAUCAUAUGCCCAACAACGGCCUGCACCUCGGGGGCCGCAACAACAGAGGACGGUGAGCUUCAUGGGGGAGAGUUACCGUUCCGACUCAAGGAGUCGAUCUAGGGAGGCUCCUUAUCGGGCAGAGUAUGACAUUCCUCCACAACAAGGAGAAUAUGCACCCCAGCUUAAUGUGAACGCUCCUCCACCGGCCGGUCUCAAUGCUCCUGCUCCUGUGGUAAAUGACCCACGGAUAACAGCAUUAGAACAACAAAUUCAGCAGUUAAUGAAUGCCCAAGGAAGUGUCGGGGGAUACGAUUCUGAUGAGGAACCUGAGCCUUUUGCUCCUCACAUCUCGGCAUUGCCAUACCCCCAAGGGUUCAAGAUGCCCACUAUGACAAAAUAUGAUGGAAGUACUGACCCGGGAGCCCACAUUAGUGAUUUCAACACAUUAAUGAGGACAAGCCAAGUGAGUGGCGAUCUGAAGUGCAUGUUAUUCCCGGUGACCUUGACAGGAGCAGGAAAAACAUGGUUCAACAAAUGGAAGAAGCAUUCAAUCACCUCUUGGGACAAAUUGUCGAGUGAUUUUAAAAAAGAAUUUCGUGCUGCCAGGUCUCGAAAACCUGAAUGCUCUUCCUUGGCCAAUGUAAAACAACAACCCGGUGAGAGUCUAAAGGCCUAUAUUAAUAGGUUCAACAUCGAGGCGGCCAAGGUGAAGAACGUUGAUGACAGUGGGAGACUCAUGGCCUUGGGGGCAGGCAUAACUCAUGGAUCUUUACUAUGGGAUAGCCUCCAAGGGAGAGGUGCCCCCACUAUUGACGAAUUUAUGAAAAGGGCCCAAAAAUAUAUAAACAUUGAGGAAGCCAGGUUAGCUAACAACCUGCCUCUUCCCUCAGGACAACCUGUUUCAGCUACUACAACAACAACUUCCACCAAUCCAAAAGCAACAACUGCCAACCCUCCAACUACCAAUAACUCUGGGCACAAUAAUAAGAGAAAGGGCGACAAUGGAGGAGAUCAGAACAAUGCCAAAAAGAGCAAAGGUUAUCAGUCCAUGUUCACAAUAUACUCUGAACUUGUGGAGACACAAGAAACCAUAUAUGUGGCAAACGAACAUCGGGUGGCCUUUCGGAUACCUGAACCCUUGAAAGGAAGUGGUGCGAAGAGAGAUCCAUCCAAGUAUUGCCAAUAUCAUAAAGACAUUGGCCAUACCACCAACGAGUGUCGAAACUUGAGGGAUGAGAUAAAGACUCUUAUACGUAAUGGGCCUCUUGCUCAUUAUGCAAGGAAUAGGCAAUACAACCAACAAGGAGCAAAUGCACAACAACAUGUAGCCCCACGUGCCAAUGUGCAACCACAGGGGGCACCUGGAAACAAUACUCCUAACCCGCCGACACAACCACAAGGGGGACAACUGGGACAUAACCCGGACAUUCCUCCACUUGUGGAAGGAGAGGACGUAUUGGUCAUAUCAGGAGGACCACACUUUGCAGGGAUUACCAAUGGGGCUCAAAAGAGAUAUAUUAAUGAGCUCAAGAACUCAGAUAAGACUCCUUUCACACCAGAACAACGUGCUCCCAAGCAAAGUCGAAUGGAGGACCAAACCAUAACAUUUUCCAAUGAAGAUGCUCAUCAUGUACAAAGUCCGCAUAAUGACCCACUAGUGAUAACAUCUCAAAUCGCCAACAGGAGGGUAAGGAGAGUCUUGGUCGAUAACGGUAGUAGCGUGAACUUGUUAUAUAAGAUAACCUUGGAGAAAAUGGGGUUAAGUGUGCAAGACCUACAACCGUGCACUACAAAUUUGGUUGGAUUUACUGGAGAUGGCGUGGCCAGCACAGGAAAAAUCACUCUCCCAUUGACACUCGGGGAGGCCCCAAAAACAGUCACCCGGAUGACGGAGUUUGUGGUGGUAGACCUACCAUCUGCCUACAAUGCCAUUUUAGGUAGACCAGCGUUAUACACACUGGGGGCAGUCACAUCAAUCAAGCAUCUGGCCUUAAAGUUCCCAACUGCUACCGGGAGUGGAAUAGUCAAAGGAGAUCAACUGCCUGCACGUGAAUGCUACAAUGUGGCUAUGAGGGGACAAACCCGACCAGGGGCCCAGAUGUUGGUGGUAAACAACGAUAAUGAAGUGGAAAACAGAGGAGCAAGAGAAAGUUCUGAUAUAGAAGAGAUAGACCCUCGGUUGGGCGAUGACCGUAUUGACUUGGGUCCCAUUGAAGAACUUGAAGAAGUUACUCUUAACUUAAAGGAGCCAACCAAAACCGUAAAAGUGGGGAAGCACCUAAGUAAGGAGAUUAAGAAGGCUGUUAUUCAGUUCCUCCGUGACAACCAAGAAGUAUUUGCUUGGGCACAUUCUGAUAUGGUAGGUAUAAGUCCAAAUGUCAUGACCCACGUGCUGAAUCUAAACAAAGACGUGCCCGCCAAACGACAAAAGAGGAGAUUACUUGAUGAGGUUAGAGCUGUGGCCUUGAAGGAGGAAGUAAGCAAACUUUUAGCCAACAAUUUUAUUCGUGAAGCCUUCUACCCUGUAUGGGUUGCGAACCCCGUGUUGGUGCCAAAGCCAAACGGGAAGUGGCGAACAUGCAUCAAUUUCACUGACUUAAACAAGGCAUGUCCCAAGGAUUGCUUCCCACUUCCUCGCAUUGAUCAACUAGUAGAUGCUACCGCUGGUCAUGAACUUAUGUCCUUCAUGGAUGCGUAUUCUGGAUAUAACCAAAUACCCAUGAAUGUGGCGGACCAGGAGCACACGAGCUUCACUACUGACAUGGGGCUUUAUUGUUACAAUGUGAUGCCCUUUGGGUUGAAGAAUGUCGGUGCUACCUACCAGUGA